CUGCCUCUGGCUACUGAGCCUAGUCUCAGUCGGGAUUCAUUCUUUCUCUCUCCACAGCUAAACACCAAAUCACAAAAGAAAUCAUAUCGUUCAGAAAGCACCCAUUUGACAAAAAAAGGUUGCAUUUUUCAGCUAUUCUGGAAGCAAACCGAUGAUGUUGUUGCAAGCAGUUGUUGGCAGUAUGAUUAUAAUGAACAAGAGGAGGACGAUGGAGUCCAUUCCUCCAAGUUUGAGGCAACUGUGGAAGGAAUGGGAAUUGCGAGUAAUGAUUCUACUUAGCCUCACUACCCAAAUAGUUCUUGUCAUUCUGGGCAAUCGUAGAAAGUAUAUUGCCGGAACAUGGAUCAGAAUCAUUGUUUGGACGGCCUACUUACUCGCCGAUUCGGUAGCGAUAAUGGCCGCUGGAAUACUCUCAAAUAAUCUUGGAGACAUCUGCAGGAAGGAUUCUUUUGGUCCAGAGUAUGAGCUAUUAGCAUUUUGGGCUCCAAUGAUGUUGUUACACUUGGGUGGCACAGAUGCAAUUACUGCUUACUCCUUGGAAGACAAUGAGUUGUGGAAAAGGCACUCAUUUGGAGUAGUUGCCCAAGCAAUGACCACAAUGUACAUCUUCGUUUUGGCUUGGACAAGCUCUCUAUUUUCCCUACUCUUUGUUGUAAUGUUCUAUGUUGGGCUUGUCAAGUACGGUGAAAAGAGUGUGGGUUCUAUAUUGGGCAAGUGACAACAAAUUUAGGGACUCGAUUCCAGAUAUCCCUUCUAGUGAAUCCAAGGUUGUGGAGGAAUGUAGAUUGAAGCAAAUGGAGGGGUACCAUGUCACACCACAUCAAACUCUUGAGGUUGACGUGCCGAAUCAUUUAACCAAUAAUAUUCCAUCAUCAUCACUUGAAUGUGUUCCUUAUGGAAACGAAUUACUUGCAGCAUAUGGGUUUCUUGAGAUGGUCAAGCGUCUCUUUGCAGAUCUUGUAAUUGGCUUUCAAGAUGGGUAUGCAACCUGGUCAAUCUUCGCAAACCAUGCCAUGUCUGCGAGCAAGGCAUUCAGGAUAAUUGAGAUUGAACUAGGGCUUAUAUAUGAUUUGCGCUACACAAAGGCAAAGAUAGUCUACUCUGCUUGGGGCAUUGCUGGACGAUUCAUCGGAAUAUUUCUGACCCUCAUUGUAUUGCUGAUGGUAUCUUUGCAUGAGAUAAUACUAAUCACAGAGAAACAUCGCCACCACUCCAAGAUUGACCGUACCAUAACUUUGGUAUUGUUGGCGGCCGCUCUUCUCGUGGAGUUAUGGGCAUUUCUGCAACUAAUUCUCUCCGACCAAACUGCUUAUUGGUUAAUUAAGCGUAAGAAUACCACCAUCUUACGAGUAAUCAAGUGCAUUUCACAUUCACCACUAACUAAUUGGGCGAUUCCAAAACGGAGGUGGUCGAAUUCCAUUGCUCAGUUUAGUCUGCUAAAAUUUGCCUCGAGAGAAAACCCCCUCCCCUGCCUUAGAGUCCAAAAAAUGCUAGGCAUUGAAGAAUUUCUAGAUACUAUCCAAUACAAGAAUACUCCUAUAUCACUCAGCAAAGUUGAUUUAAGAGGCAGAAUCUUCAAAGAUAUCCUUGACAGUGUUAGGCGAUGGACGGAAAGGUAUGGCUACGACACAAAUCUUAAAGCUAUAUACGGGCAGAGGGGAGGCCGCACAAUAGAAUGGUUCAAUGAUCAUGAUCUUGAGUGGAGUGUCGAAUUGGAGUUCGACCAGAGUAUUCUUACUUGGCACCUUGCUACAGAAAUCAUGUACUACCAAGAUCGCGAACCUAAUGAAAUAGGCAAUUGUUUGUCACGAUAUAUGCUUUACCUGCUAGUCGAGCAUCCUUAUAUGUUGCCACUUGGGAUGGCACACAUCAAGUUCCGGGACAUUUAUGCCGGACUAGGGGACUUCCUUGAAAAGGAGGUCAUCAGGGACAAUUAUCCCAGGCCAAGAGAGUUAAUUGAGGAGGGAGAUUCGGAGGACGAGGCCGGGGAUGCGAACGAGGACAAGGAGGAUCUAGACGCCACAUCUAGUAGCCACGCCAGUGGCAGUGGCAGCGGUGGCAGCCAGCAGCCAGCGGCAGAGUCCAGAAGAAGCGGCCGCUGUUGGUGGUGGUUGAAACUGCCACCACCAGCCGCCAGCAGAAGCAUCCAGAAGCAACAGAAGAAGAAAGACCCUAGAAGAAUAGUUGAUAUGCUGCUUCAAAAGUAUGGACAGAAGAAACUGGAGAGGAGCAAUUCUGUGAUACUGCAUGGGUGUAAGCUAGCAUCACUACUUGGUUUGAGAGAUAAUAGAUGGGAAAUAAUAGAUGCAGUAUGGAUGGAAAUGUUGUGUCAUGCAGCUAGCCAAUGCAGUGGAAGAUAUCAUGCUCAACAAUUGAGACGAGGAGGGGAGUUUCAUACUCAUGUCUGGCUUCUCAUGGCACAUUUUGGCUUGAAUGAUCACUUUCAGGUCAUACCGCGUAGCCGCGCAAUGGCUGAUGCAGUUCUAAGGUAGAUUAAACAAUUAAAAGGGAAGUCAUAGGAUUUAUUAUAUUUUCUUUAAAAAUCAAGAUAAUUGAGUGUAAUUUAGCCAAAAUAUUUAAUUUAAAAAUUUGGCCAACGACUGAAAGGCCAUUUGUAUAGACGUGUAGUGCCAUUCAGAUAAAAUUGCUAGACCAAAGUUAUAAACUGAUUUACUUGGCUGCUCUGCA